AUGGCUCGACUAGUACUGUUAAUAUGUGUUCUCGGGUUCCUUUUGGGUGCCAAUGCAGCCCCAGGCGGAAACAGGAAAGAUGAAGCAAGCAGUAUCGGCUCCACUGAGGAUGUAAAAAAUGAUGGAAAAGGUGUCGAUUAUGGGAAUGCUGGAAACGUAAAUCCAGCUAGUGUUAAAGAUGGACAGGCUAGCAACGCUCAUGAUGGUAACGAUGGAAGUAGUCGAUACGACAAAUUAGGAGAAAAUGGCAACAACAAUGAUAAUGUUAAAAAUGGCGAGGAAAAUGGUAACAAUAAUCGUAGUAGUCAAUACGAUAAAUUAGGGGAAAAUAACAACGGCAAUGGUGCUGCUAAAAAUGGCAAUCGUGAUAACCAAAAUGAUAAUAGUGAAGGGGAAAAUAAAGGUGCUCGUCGACACAAACGUAAUGAACCACGAGGAGGAAAUCAUGGAGGUCAUGGAGGUAAAGGUAAUGGCGGUGGUAGAGGCGGUCCUGGUGGAGGUGGAAAAGGAGGAAAUAAUCCAGGUGGUAGACCUCGGCGUUCAGAAGACAAUGUGGAUAAUUCUGAAGAAGAUGGAGACCAUUCCAUCAACGCUAAAAGUAGUAACAAUGAUGAAAACAUUAAAAAUGACAAAGGCAUAUCCAAUGAAAGCGAAAAAGACACUGAAGGAGCUGCUACAAGUGGCAACGACCAUGACUCAAAUAAUAACGAUGAAGACAGUGAUAACAAAGAAUAUGACACCGGGUCCUUAAAUGCAAACAAAAAUAAUAAAGAUGGCGGUCGAUACAGACGAGACAAACCGCACGGUCAAGGCAAUCAAGGCGGUCAUAAAAGUAGCCGCGGUGGAAAAGACGGUCAAAAUACGGGUCCUGGAGAUAAAGGUAGACACCGUCGUUCGGAAGACAACGAAGACAACUCAAGCCAUGACAGUAAUAACACACGUGAAGCCGAAAAUAACACUGAUGAUGCUGUUAAUAAUAGCACUAAUAACCAUAAAAGCCCGGAUCAAGAAAACAGUGGAAACGAUCAUAGCUCAGAUAACAAUGAAGAUGAAAAUAAAGACACUGCUCGACAUAGACGUGGCAAUUCACAAAAUAAAGUAAAUCAAGGGGAAGGUAAAGACGAUAACCAUUCAGAUAAAGCUGAUAAUAAGAACGACAGUGAUUCAAGUGAAAUCGAUGCUCCUGUUAAAAAUAGGGACCAUGUUAAACACCAAGAAAGUAACAGUAACGAAGACAGCAAUGAUUCUGAUAGUAAUGAAAAAGAUAAUGAGGACGCUAGUCGUCAUAGACGGGACAAGUCACUCGAUAAAGAAAAUCAAGGAGGUCAUGGUGACAAAAGCGGCCCAAAUUUACAUGGCAGACACCGACGAUCUAAAGAUAACGAAAAACACUCCAAAGACAAAGGCAAUGAUAAUAACAACAGUGAUUCAAGUGAAAGCAAAGAAAUCUCUCCUGGUAAAAAUAGUGACGAUGAUCAAGAUAGUAAGAGCGAUGAAGAUAGCCAUGAUUCAGUAAGUAAUGAAAAGGAGAAUAAAGAUGCUGUCCGGCAAAGACGUGACAAUCCACGCGGUAAAGGAAAUCAUGAUCAUGGAGGAGACAAAUCCGGUCCAAAUUCAGGCGGAAAAGGCAGGCCCCGACGAUCGGUAGACAAUGAACAACACUCCGAAGUCAAAGGCAACGAAGGCAACGAUCAUGGUGAGAACAACAAUGACUCAGAUGAAACUGAAACAACAUCUGUUAAAAAUAACGAUCAUAAUGGCGACCAAGAAAGUAAUAGUGGUGAAGACGGCCAUACGGAUAACAAUGAAAGGGAAGAAAGUUCUCCUGUUAAAAAUAGCGAUCAUGAUGAUGACCAAGGAAGUAACAGUGAUGGAGAUGGCUAUUCAGAUAAUAAUGAAAAGGAGAAUAAUGAUGCUUCUCGCUACACACGCACCCUACCAAUAGAACAAAGCACCUUGACCUAUUUAUUUUUGAAGUUGCUUAGUAUUUUUGGUAUUAUUUAA